AUGACCAUCGACAGGCGGGCUCAGGAAGGAGGAAGGUGGCGAGGGGCAACGACGGCGGCAGGAGUGUGGCGGCGACGACGGCAGCAAGGACAUGAAGGAGUAAAGGGAACAUCAGCAGCGGGUGAAGCCUUAAGGGCUGUGGUGGCUUGUCCGGCAGGGCGUACGGCAGGCUACCCAUUGGGUGCGUGUCUGCAGGUGGCACUCCGAAGGGCGGACUCCGGUGGCACCGUCGAGUCAUCCACCACUAGCAGCGGGGAUGCCGCCGUCAGACCCCGCGAGAGCUAUUGCCCCACCCGGCAGGGCGGGAAGCAUGCUGCCGGCUGGUAG